AUGCGAGCAAAUGAGGCAUUAUAUGAGGCAAUGUCCCAACAAGAACGACCCAAGGCAUUAACUGAACGACCCAGAGCUGCAGGGAGGGUUUUUGCGUUGACCAGUACUGAGGCUGCUCAGUCAAGUAACCUCAUAUUUGACAGAUGCUUGCUAUUUAAUCAUAGUGUAUUGGUGUUGUUUGACUCAAGGGCUACACACUCAUUCGUCUCCGAGGAAUGUGUGCGUAGACUUGGACUUGUCGUCCGUGACUUGGGGUGCAAACUGACAAUCUCGACACCUACAUCUGGGCAAGUAUCGACCAACUCAGUUUGCGCUCAAUGUUCUAUAGAGGUGGCAGGACGUAGGUUCAAGGUGAACCUCAAUUGCUUGUCAUUGAAGGGGUUGGAUGUGACACUCGGAAUGGACUGGUUGUCAAGCAGUCACGUUAUGAUUGAUUGUAGACGACGCAAUUUAGUGUUUCCUGAAGCUGAGGGGCUGUCAAUGAUCUCUACACGUGAGGCUAUGCAAGAAGAGGCCGAGGGAGCCUCGUGUUAUAUGUUAAUAGUGCAGCCAGAGAAAAAGAGUACAAUUGAUGUGAUCAGGAGCAUACCGGUAGUAGAUGAUUACGCUGAUGUGUUUCCCGAUGAAGUGCUUGGAUUACCACCCAGUAGGGACGUCGACUUCACUAUUGAUCUUGUGCCUGGAGCUGGGCCUGUGUCGAUGGCUCCAUAUAGAAUGGCACCGACCGAGUUGGCUGAGUUGAAGUAG